AUGUCUGAAGCCAAUAGCCCCCAACUAACGGCCACUACGGAUUUGGAAGCGUUUGGAAUCCAGCUAGUGUCUCAGGACUCGUUGGAGCGGCACAUCGGCGAGCGCGCCGAUAAGGCGAUGCUCGAGCGGGAGGCGGAAAUCGAGCAGAAACGGUUAGAAAAGGCCCAAGUGCAGUUGAAAAAGGUCCAGGAAAAGCUCUAUGCAAUGCAGAAGAAACUAGCCAGCCCCCGAACAAAAAUUUCCGAAAGGCGAACCCUCACGGGCGAGAUCCAGUGGUGCCAGGAGAACGAGUUGGCAGCGGUACAGAAGGAUAUCACAGACAUCCAGGGCCGGAUGGACCGAGCAGGUAGUGCCCAAUUGGAGUCAGAAACCCGGAACGAGUUCUUGGUACGGACCGGGAAGAUAACCGCAUUCGGCAACGCCACCGCGUUUGCCCACGAUACUUCGGAUGUUGUAUCGCAUCAGCACCUUCGCACGCCCGGGUUUGCCGCGGCCAGUGUUCCCCUGGUUGUUGAAAAGCACGGAGAAGAGAAUGAAAUAAAUCCUAGUGGUCUCAGUGGGACGGGCCCUGAUGCCUGUGAUAAGCGGAUUCACGAGCAUGAUCGUGACAAUGUUCCAGAUUCGGAGCGGAAUAUGGACGAUGGGGACGAGCUGUUUUAUCAGAAACGACUCCGUGACUGGGCAGAGCGCAGAGCUGCUGCGCGUACCGCGGCAAGUAUCUACGAGACUUCUAAGACCACCAGCGAAACAUCUGAGGUGGACUCUGGGUCUUCAGAGAUGGAAUCUGAGUGGCAACGUCCGCACCCCACCAUCCCCGAUGCUGUCCUCAAUUCUGACUUCCGCAUUCCCGGCGACAUCUACCCCUCCCUCUUCGACUACCAGAAAACCUGCGUGCAAUGGCUCUGGGAACUCCACCAGCAAAAGGCCGGGGGCAUUAUUGGCGACGAGAUGGGGUUGGGAAAGACCAUUCAGAUCAUUGCCUUUCUCGCCGGUCUCCACUACUCGGGAAGGCUCACCAAGCCCGUCCUAGUUGUCUGCCCAGCGACAGUACUCGCCCAAUGGGUGAAUGAAUUUCAUCGCUGGUGGCCACCGCUCCGCACGGUCAUUCUCCACGCGACCGGUAGUGGAAUGAGCAAACCGCAGCUUGAAGCGCUAGAGAAAGAUAUAGAAGGUGAGCUGGAGGCUUUCAGUCUUUUGGGCUCAAAAGCGAAUGCCAGUGCCCAGGAAAUCGUUAACCGUAUUUUUAACAAGGGCCACGUGCUCAUCACCACCUAUGUGGGCUUGCGGAUCUAUUCCCGCUACAUCCUUCCCCGCCAAUGGGGCUACGUGGUGCUCGAUGAGGGCCAUAAAAUUCGUAACCCCGAUUCGGCCAUCUCACUCGCAUGCAAACAGCUCAAAACCCACAAUCGGAUCAUUCUAUCGGGUACCCCCAUCCAGAACAACCUCGUAGAGCUCUGGUCGCUCUUUGACUUUGUAUUUCCUGGCCGCUUGGGGACACUCCCGGUGUUUCAGACGCAGUUUUCGGUGCCCAUCAACCUCGGGGGCUAUGCCAACGCGACCAAUGUCCAGGUCCAGACGGGGUACAAGUGUGCGGUGGUGCUUAGGGACCUUGUUGCGCCGUACUUGUUGCGCCGUUUGAAGGCCGAUGUGGCGAGGGACUUGCCAAAAAAGCACGAGAUGGUGCUUUUCUGCAAGCUCACCGCGUGGCAGCAGCGGAAAUACGAGGAAUUUUUGCAGUCGGGCGACCUCCAGAGCAUCAUGAGCGGAAAGCGCCAGAUGUUGUACGGGGUGGACAUUCUUCGCAAGAUCUGCAACCACCCGGAUUUGGUCGAUCGCGUGAUUCUUGAGCGGAAGAAGGGGUACGGGGAUCCCGCAAAGUCCGGGAAGAUGCAGGUGGUGCGGACGUUACUCGAUCUCUGGACAGCAGAGGGGCACCGCACGUUGCUCUUUUCGCAGACGCGUCAGAUGCUUGACAUUUUGGAGAACUUUCUCACUACCUUGGGCUACAGGUUUCUUCGAAUGGACGGAAACACACCCAUCGGACAACGCCAGUUGCUUGUGGAUGCAUUCAACGAAGACGCGAGCAUCCCGGUGUUUUUGCUCACCACCAAGGUGGGAGGCUUGGGGGUGAAUCUCACGGGGGCGGACCGGGUCAUAAUCUACGAUCCGGACUGGAAUCCGUCCACUGACAUGCAAGCACGGGAAAGAGCCUGGCGGUUGGGGCAGAAGAAGGACGUGACGAUCUAUCGCUUGAUGAUCGCCGGAUCCAUCGAGGAGAAGAUCUACCAUCGCCAAAUCUUCAAGCAGUUCUUGACCAAUAAGAUCUUGAAGGAUCCCAAACAGCGGCGGUUCUUCAAGAUGAACGAACUACACGAUUUGUUCACCUUGGGUGACCAGAAUGACAAGGGCUCCGAAACGGCAGACUUAUUCAACGGGACCGAGAGGGCGUUUGGGGGAAAAGAGCGGAGGCUGGCAAAGUUGGUCAAGGGGAAUGACGAUGAUUUCUACUCUGUCGCAAGCAUGUCGGGGGUCUCGGGGCUAGAAAAGUUCCAGGGAGAGAAAGAGGUGGACAAGGAUGAGAAGGUGAUGGAGGGGUUGCUUUCAUCAGGGAUCCACAGUGCGUUGGAACAUGAUUCAAUCAUGCUGGCGUCGUCACCGGUUUCGGCAAUGGCCGAGCGAGAGGCCAACAGGGUUGCGGAGGAGGCGGUUCAGGCGUUGAAGCGGUCGCGGCGGAGAGCCAGAGGUGAGAUAGGGGUGCCAACCUGGACGGGAAGAAACGGUUUUGCAGGAAAGACUCCGACCGAGCUGAAAGUUGCACCCGGGAUAUUCUCCAAACCCUCACCCUCCCCAAUUGCCUCGCUGUCGAUCCUAAAACAGCUCCGAAGCAAGAAGGAUGACGAGCAGGCACAGGAAAUGACGGAAGACGUGGGAAAAGCCGAGUUGGUGGCGCGCAUUUCCGCAUAUUUGAGCCAGCAACCUGAGCUGUUCAGCAAGUCCGGUGCCAUCAUUGAGUCGCUUGGGUUAGAGUUGAAGGGCCAACAGGACAUGGCCACGGUGCGUCUGAUGUUGCGACUGAUUGCCAAUUGGAGCAAGGAGAGAGGUGGGUGGGUGCUCAAGGAGGAAUUCAAGUAG